AUGCUAGGCUAUCCCACACAGUUCGCGCAGGUGGAAUGUAUUAAGCUUGUUGCCAGCAACAGGUUUGCAGAGAAGCGCGUAGGUUACUUGGGUUUGACAUUAUUGCUGGACGAGUCCUCUGAAGUGUCUAUGCUGUCAACGAAUUCCUUAAAGCAAGAUCUGCAGCACACAAAUCAGUACAUCAGCAGCUUGGCACUGUCUGCAUUGGCCAAUGGCUCCCCCCGAGAGGUCUGCCGUGCCCUGCUGCCGGAGGUAGAGAGUCUCCUGAGCUGCAGCAACCCCUUUAUACGCAAGAAGGCGGCAGUAGCUGCAGCAAAGUGUGUUCGCCGUUUGGGAGAUGAGGCUGUGUCUUGCUUCGCGUCAACGCUUCCAGUACUUGCCACUGACAGGAGCCAUGGGGUGCUCCUUGGAGCCUGCGCGCUGCUGUUCGCCGUACUCGAGACACAGCCAGACCGCAGAGUGGAGUGUCGCCAGCAGCUGCUGCAGCCCCUUGCCAAGGCCCUCAGGACCUGCAGCUCAGCUAGCCACCCACAAAGCGCCGAAUAUGACAUCGCCGGUAUUGUAGAUCCUCUUCUUCAGUCCAGGCUUCUUAGGGCCGUUGCCCUGUUGGCUGAAGGGGAUGCAACGGCGACUGCAGCCGUGACGGAUUUGCUGGCGCAUGUUGCCACCAACACUGACGGAUCUAAGAACGCGGGGAAUUGCGUGCUGUACGAAUGCGUGCGUGCAAUCGUCUCUCUCGACACAGACCAAGGUUUGCGUGUAUUGGCUUUAAACAUUCUCGGACGGUUUCUGUCUUCUCGAGAACAAAAUCUGAAAUACGUCGCCCUAGAAACACUUCACCAACUCCUUAGAACAGACAGCAGCGCAGUCACCAGACACCGUGACACUCUUCUAGAGUGCCUGAAGGAUUGUGACACGUCAAUCCGUCGGCGGGCUUUGGAGGUGUUGAUAGCUCUACUCUCUCCCCAAAAUAUUCGCGUUCUAGGUCGGGAAUUGCUUUCAUUCCUGCUAAUCUGCGACAAGGAGUUAAAGCCCUUCGCAGCUGCCAGAUUGGCCAUGGCGACUGAGACACAUGCGCCCACGCGACGCUGGCAGUUCGACGCCACUCUCAAGCUCCUGUGUCUCGCAGGCCAGUAUGUAGAGGAAUCGGCAGGCAAUGAGUUGCUCUCGGUAGUCCUUCGGACCCCUGAGCUUCAGAGCUAUGCUGUCCACAAGCUUUUCUUCUGUCUUCGAGAGGGCAGCGCCAACAGCCCCGUGCUCGCCAAGACGGCGCUGUACUGCGUGGGUGAGUUUGGCGAUUUGCUGGUGGCUAAGGACAAAACGCAUUUGCUAGCUGCAGAUAAGGAACACCUAUUGGGGGUCCCUUCGGGGUCCUCCGAUGAUCCAUCGGCCGCUGCGCUAUCUCUUACUGCUGAAGAGGUCGUGGACACCCUGGCGGCGAUUAGCCAGGCGCUUCAGGAAGGGCAAGGCAAGAAAGGAGGGAAUGCAGCAGCAAUUGCUGUUGCUGCUGCGGCAACUGCAACGAGUGCACCUGCGUUGUCAUCUAUCACGGAGGCGCUGAUGACUUGCCUCGCUAAACUCACCACAAGAUUGCCAGACCAGAGGAGUAGGCUGCUAAACUUGCUGCGGAACUUCACCAGCAGCAGGUUGCUGGAGGUGCAGCAACGCAGCUUGGAGUUUGUGUCACUGCUGGAGUCCACGGAGUGGCAGCCGGCGGACAUUGAGGCAAUCUUUGAGCGGAUGCCGCUGCAGCAGCAGCAGCAUCGCGAGAAACCAGUGGGAGAGGUCUGCUUCGACCUAGCAGAUCUUCCCUCGGAUUUGUCCCCUACAGGAGAGAGAGGCCUACCCACUUCAGGUCCCUUGACAGCAAACAAAGCGCAGGCCGUCAACGGCACUGGGGGAGCGCAACUACUCGAGCUCGACGACCUUCUAGGCCUUGCCGCCUCCCCGCCCCCUUCCCAAAAGGAGGCGCCUCAGUCUCUUUCUGGCAGCAGCGGCGCAGCAGACAGCAGCAGCAGCAACGGCGGCUUGGAUCUACUUGCCGACCUUUUGGGAGGGGCAUCUCUGUCUGCGCCUGGAGCAGUACAACCAAGCUCCCAGCGUUCUAGCGGAGCAACAGGAACCGUUGCUCUGCCAGCAGUCACCACAGACCCUUUUGCGGGUCUCAUUGACCUUGCGAAUCCGCCAUCAGCAUCAUCAGGCUCUGCAGCGGUCUCGCCGCCCUCGGUGAAUUCCGGCGAGCCGCUUGCUUCUCUGCUGGAGUCUGCGUUGAGCCCUCCCAGCCCACAAACUACGGCAGCUGCAGGAGGCGCUACUGAUCCACUAGCAUUGGCUUUGAAUGCAGAAAGUACCCCGGAUUCAGCAGCGGGGGGACGUGAUGGUGUGUUUGCAGUGCAGGUGCUGGAUGAAGAAGGCUUGCGCGUUGUUUUGAAGUGCCGUCGGCUGCCCUCGGCAGCCUGUGAGAUUGUUGCCGAGUUCACAGCAAGCCCAAGCAGCAAGCCGCUGCUGCAGUUUCGGUUUGAAGCUGCUGUACCCAAGUAUCUCCAGCUGCAGUUGGACCCCCCGACAGACUCAACAGUGCUUCCGGGGGCCCCUCCAGUGCAGCAGCGCCUGCGUGUCACCUCUUGCCCAGCAGUGUCAGUAGCAGCUACGAGCCCGCAAAAUGAACCAAAGCCACUUCUCAUGAAGUGCCGUGUGACGUAUCUUAGAGACGGGGAAACAGUGCAGAAGGGCACCAACGUUGCCUCGUUUCCGGCGGGGCUGCUGGAACCCUACUAG